AUGAGGCUGACAUGUAUGUUCUCCUUCAUCUUGCUGUUUGGAGCAGCUGGGCUCGUUGUCUUCAUUCACCUGCAGGAUCCAGAGGAAAUAGUUCAUCAGCAGACACCAGGGAUAAAAUAUAACAUGGGAUUCCAGCAACCAAAAAAAGACUGUGUUUCCAGCAAUAACCAGGAUAGAAGGUCAAGCAAAAAUACUGCAGACGGAGUAGCAACAGUAAAGCAAAGCAAUUCAUCACACCUCUCUGAAAAUGGGCCCACUAAGCCUCAAAGCACAGACAGAAGGCAAAGCAGCAUAAUGUUUGCAAUGAAGGAUCAACAGAAAGGUGAAGAAAUUAAUUCCAUCAGGCUCCAUAAACGACGGAGGAGAUUUAUAAUUAAGAAAAGCCCAUUUCUGAUUUCCAUGAACAGCUCCACUCUUAACCUGCCCACACUUAAAGCUGAGUACAGAAACAACAACAAGUGGCAGAGUCUCUAUCUGAUCCAAAAAGAAAGAAAGCGGAUAAUGAGGGAAACUUGUUCUAAAUACAAGAGUAAUAAUAGAAGAAUAAUCACUCCUUAUCAUGUUUCUAGGAUAUUUGUAGAGGAUAAAUAUAGGGUUUUAUACUGUGAAGUACCAAAAGCUGGCUGCUCUAACUGGAAACGUGUGCUCAUGGUUCUUAACGGGCUGGCUUCUUCCACAAAAGACAUACAGCACAACACGGUGCACUACGGAAACUAUUUAAAAAGACUGGAUGGAUUUGAUCAUAAAGGAAUUUAUCACAGGCUCAACACUUACACAAAGAUGCUUUUCAUUCGUGAACCUUUUGAAAAGCUGGUAUCUGCAUUUCGGGACAAGUUUGAACAUCCAAACAAUUACUACCACCCGGUUUUUGGAAAAGCCAUCAUUUCCAGAUACCGUGUCAAUGCCACCAAAGAAGCAUUAAGGACAGGCUCUGGAGUCAAAUUCAAAGAGUUCAUUCAAUAUCUUCUGGACGUACAUAGGCCAGUGGGUAUGGACAUCCACUGGGAUCAUGUCAAUAGGCUUUGCAGCCCGUGUUUAAUAGACUACGAUUUUGUUGGGAAAUUUGAAAGUAUGGAAGAAGAUGCAAACUUUUUCUUGCAUUUAAUUGGUGCUCCACAAAAUUUAACUUUCCCCAAGUUUAAAGACAGGCACUCCAAUGAAGAAAGAACUACCACUAAAAUUACACAACAGUAUUUUGCAGAGCUUUCUCCUUCUCAGCGACAACGAAGCUAUGACUUCUACUAUAUGGAUUAUUUGAUGUUUAACUACUCAAAACCUUUUGAAGAUUUAUAUUGA